AUGGGAGGCAAAUUGGAUAGGGACUUCAUUGCUUUUGAUAUCUGUUCUCGUGAACUAGCAUUUGUCGUUUACAACGUUUUGAAAGGGAUUUGUCCCCCUCGUACUGUUCCUUCGGAUCGUAAUGGAAAAGUUGUUGUCUUGUUACGUGAUGGUAGAAAGCUCCUUGGCACACUUCGUUCUUUUGAUCAAUUUGCUAAUGUAGUUUUAGAGGGUGCAUGUGAGAGAGUAAUAGCGAGACAUCUCUAUUCCGACAUUCCCAUGGGUCUAGAUGUCAUCAGAGGGGAGAAUGUAGUCUUAACUGGGGAGCUGGGUGUGGAAGAGGAUGAGCUUCUGCGACAGAUGACUGGCGUCUCUGCAGCGGAAAUUCAAAGGGCACAGAGAGCAGAAAGAAAUGCAUCAGAUUUGAAGGGUUUCGUGCGAAAAAGAAUGGAAUUUCUGGAUUUGGAUUAG